GCAUGGUAUUUCACUAAAGUGGAACUACUACAUACAUCCUCUUCAGUCUUCACCACAGCCAAAUUCCCUCUCAGUACUUCUCAUUCCUUUCCAAUAAUUCACAAAUCCCUAGAAGAAUUUAAUGGAACUCAGAAAGUACAAACCCGAUCCUCUUUCUCCCGCCUUCCUCCUCCUCCUCCUCCUCUUCCUCUCCAUCUCCGGCCGAUCCGCCGUCCACGCCUACAAAAACCACACCGUCGGCGAUUCCCUCGGCUGGUUCGACAAAUUGGAGAAACCUGCCGUCGAUUACCAGAAAUGGACCGCCGGUAAAACCUUCGGCCUCGGCGAUUUUCUAAUUUUUAACACGGACAACAAUCACUCGGUUGUGCAAACAUACAAUUUCACCACAUACAAACUUUGCGACUACGACGACGCACCAGAAAACGACACGACGGAAUGGUCCGCCGCCGAUCCAUCAGCAACCACUCCCUACGCCGUGAUGGUGGCUGUCCCCUUGGUUAAAGAAGGCCCCAACUAUUUCUUCUCUGGCAACUACGACGGAGAGCAAUGCCAGAAUGGGCAACAAUUCAAAAUAAACGUCACUCAUGGACAGGGCCUCCCUAAAAGCAUGGGAGAUCCUUCGGACGAAGCUCCGGCUCCGGUAGUUCCCGACACCGGCGAUCAAACCGAAGCUGCACCCGACACCAUUGUCCCUUCCAGCUUCGACAAUCCUCGAAACGAUGUCGCCGAUAACGAUAAGGAAUCUUCGAGCUCCAAUUCUAUAUCGCUUGUUUAUUGCUUCAAGUUUAAUGAGUUCUUCUUCUUGUUAAUUGGUAUUGCCUCUGCCUGCUUUUUGUCUCUGUACUGAGUGAUUUUGUUUUUAAUUUAUUACUAUAUUUAUUUUCUAUUUAAUUGUUACGUUCUUCAAUAUUCAAAUAAUGUGGGGUUUUCUUUUUUCUUGGUGUUCAAGCAAUACAUAUACUAUAUAUAGUUAGCUCGUAGGUUUUAUUUUAGGGGUUUUUCACUCUUUUUGUGCAUUUAUAUACAACACUAUACAUGUAAUAAUGGAUUGAUAUAAUUGAUAGUGAUUUGAUGUUUUUUCUCUCC